CUGCAGCGCGUCGGCCGCUGCCCGCGCCUCGGCGCCGUCCUGCGGGCCGUCGGCUCCGAGGUCACCCUCCUCGACUGGGACAGCGACCACCUCCCGGAAGACGCCGACCUGUCCCUCUGCCCGCGCAUCAAGCAAAAUUUUCUGGGAAAAUUUCGGAUUCCAAAAUCCCUCCCCCUGACCCCUGCCCCGGCCUGCGCCUGUCCCCCUCCCCAAGGCCGUGUCCCUGAGCGACGUGACGGUGGUCCCGGACCAGGACGCGGCCGCGCUGCCCGCCGGCGUGGAGCGGCUGCGCGUGUGCUGGGCGGGGCUGCGCGACCACGCGGCCCGGGUGCCGCUGCGCCUCGGCGCCGGGCUCACGCACGUGGACAUGAUGGACCACGCCGUGGGGCUGGCGCACGCCGUGGAGCUGGGCCGCCAGUGCCCCGCCGUGCGCGUGCUCAAGCUCGCCUCGCUGCGCGCCGACGAGAGCCUCGCCGUGCCGGUGCACCCGCCGCGCGACGCCCCCUUCCGCCGGCUGGAGGAGUUCCACCUGUACUCGGGCGCGGGCCCCGUCCUCGAGUACGUGCUGCUGCACGCGCUGCAGCUGCGGAGGGUGUCCGUGACGCCCGGCCUGCCCGAGGAGGCCGCGCCCGCCUGGACCGACGCGACGCUGCGCCGCAUCCUGGACGUGAACCCCCUCGCCGAGCUGGCGAGCUUCAGCCUCGCCUGCCCCUGCGAGCUCACCAUGGACUCGGUGUACUCGCUCCUGCUGGGCUGCCCCAAGCUCCGGGCGCUCUUCGACCUCAACGAGUGGGCCGUGAGCCAGCAGCAGAUGUGCGAGCUGCAGGAGCUGGUGGCCGUCAACAACUGGGACCUGGAGAUGGGGCUCCUGUAGUUGCCAGGCCCGCGGAGUGUCCCCCCUCCCCCAAAAUGACUUUUGAUUUGUGGAAGAAGGACGAAUUGUUUAAGUUAACUUUUGCAUCGUUACAAUUUUAAGGAAUUAAGCGUAAGAUUAUUUUUGUGAGGCCCCUACCGCCAUUGUUUUGUUAUGUUGUUGUGUUCGACAAUUUGUAUUUUAUCGGCAAUACACUCGUAUUUGCUCCUG